AUGGCCCCCAAAAGAAAACCAGCAGCGCCCACGCCGGCAUCUGCUCUCGGGCAACUCCAACAACCACAGUCACUGAAACUCCUAGCCAUCGCCGAGACCCUGUCGCCAAAAGACCAUCCACAGUCUGCAAAGAAGCGCAAUUCGGCUGCAUCAGAGGAUAGCGAGCAGAACGAGACACAUCCAGCAGCAUUGGAAGCAGAUUUGGAGCUAUUCAGCAAACUGCGCUUUAGCUACGUCGAACAGGUCACCAAGGAGAAGUUUCUUCGCAGCAUAACAGAAAACCCGCCACGUCUAGUCGAGGCUGCCGAGAAUGACGCGAAAGAGCAACAAGUUCUGGCCCUGAAAGCAAGCCUCAAGGAACGCAAACUCGAAGUCGCCGAGAUACUCAGACAGCUGGAAGAGAAGGGCAAAGAGCUUGCUUUGCGCUAUGAAAGCCUCCAACUCCGGACACAGCUGUUAGAGGCGCUUCCUACCGAGAUUGAGGGCCUGGAAGCGAGUAUCAAACAGCUAAAGCAAGAACAAACACCUCCGUCGAACAACCCAGAACUUGCUCUUCCACUGCCAGAGACACUCAAACUCGUUAGCGGGCGAGAGACUGAGCUAGCAGCUCUGAAUGCGCAGAUCGCAAAGCUGCAAGCCUCUCUUCCAAACCGCGCAAGAGAGCUGGAAAAGCUAGAGCGCGAGUUGAAGCCGCUGGAGACACAACGGCAGGGUACUGUGGCAGCAGCCAAGGAGGCGAAGAGAAGGAAGGAAGAGGGUGGAGGGAUUGGGGACGAGCUGGAGGAGAGAGGUCGGUGGCUGAGGGCAUCUGACAAGGCUUUGCGGGACAUGUUGGAGGUUGAGUGA